GCGAAAACUGGAGCAGCCGUAGGAGUGGGCGAGGCCUAGGGAAAGUCGCGCUCCCUCAGGGUUCCGCCGGCUCCGGCCGCCCCAGCCCAGCCCGCGCCCUCGGUGCCGCCUCCGGGCCGCGUUUUUGCGGCCGCUCCGGGCCAGGCCGCCCAGGCACCCCGCGCCCCGCCACCUCCCGCCGUCCACCCGGUCCCCACACGCCUCGCCGAGGCAGGAUGUUCUCGUCCAAGUCCAACUCCGUGUCGCCGUCGCCGUCCCUGGAGCAGGCCGACUCGGACGCGCUGGACAUCAGCACUAAAGUGCAGCUCUAUGGGGUGCUGUGGAAGCGGCCCUUCGGGAGGCCGUCGGCCAAGUGGUCUCGGCGGUUCUUCAUCAUCAAAGAGAGCUUCCUGCUUUACUACUCAGAGAGUGAAAAGAAGAGCUUUGAAACCAACAAAUACUUCAAUAUACACCCCAAGGGUGUCAUCCCUUUGGGGGGCUGCCUGGUGGAGGCGAAGGAGGAGCCCAGCAUGCCCUAUGCCAUGAAGAUCUCGCACCAGGAUUUCCAUGGCAAUGUCCUGCUAGCUGCGGAGUCUGAGUUCGAGCAGACGCAGUGGCUGGAAAUGCUGCAGGAGUCUGGGAAGGUGACCUGGAAGAAUGCCCAGCUGGGAGAAGCUAUGAUCAAAAGCCUGGAGGCCCAGGGGCUGCAGUUGGCCAAGGAAAAGCAGGAGUACUUAGACAAACUGAUGGAAGAGACCGAAGAACUGUGCCUACAGCGGGAGCAGAGAGAGGAGCUUGAGCGCCUGAACCAGGUGCUGGAGGCGGAGAAGCAGCAGUUCGAGGAGGUGGUACAGGAGCUGAGAGUGGAGCAGGAGCAGAUCAAGAGGGAACUAGAACUCACUGCGAGAUGCCUCAAGGGUGUGGAACAGGAGAAGAAGGAACUGAGGCAGCUCACGGAAUCUUUGCAGCAGACUCUGGAGGAACUCUCCAUAGAGAAGAAGAAAACCCUAGAAAUGCUGGAGGAGGACGAGAACAAGGCACAGGCACUGGCCAAUCGGAGUGAGCAGGCCUUGGCCAUUGGGGAUCUCCACAGCAACCUCAGGCAGAUUGAGGAGCGGAUUCAGCAGCUCCUGACUGAGAAGCUUAUGGCGGAGAAGCGGAUGAAGGAGAACGAGGAGCGCUCUCGGGCCCUGGAGGAGGAGCGGGAGUUCUACUCCAGCCAGUCGCAGGCACUGCAGAACUCUCUGCAGGAGCUGACAGUGGAGAAGCAGCAGGCGGAGCGGGAGCUCAAGGCGGAGGUGAAGGUCCGAAUGGACCUGGAGCGGCGUCUGCGGGAGGCAGAGGGGGCUUUGCAGAGCCUGGAGCAAGGGCUCAACUCUAAGGUGCGGAAUAAGGAGAAAGAGGAGAGGAUGCGCGCGGAUGUGAGCCACCUGAAAAGGUUCUUCGAAGAAUGCAUCCGCAACGCAGAGCUGGAGGCUAAGAUGCCGGUCAUCAUGAAGAACUCAGUGUACAUCCACAAGGCGGCCACCCGCCGCAUCAAGAGCUGCCGCUUCCACCGGCGCCGGUCUAGCACAUCCUGGAAUGACAUGAAGCCGUCCCAGUCCUUCCUGAACUCUCAGCUGGAGGCCAACAACAUCGAGGAGCUGAAGGAAGUGGCCAAGCGGCUCAGCAGGGACCAGCGCUUCCGAGAGUCCAUCUACCACAUCAUGGCCACGCAGCCUGGGGCCACCUCCGUACUCCCGCGGGGUGGAAAGUGACAGCACCUCCCUGCCCACGGGGGGGGGGGCAGAGCAAGGCCUAAGUGCUCGAGUUCUGCUGCACUGAGGGACGCUCCAGUUGCCACCCUACCCUUUGCUGCGGGCCCAGCCUGGAUGCUGCCGGCUUGUGGUAAGGCAGGAAGGGCCAGGCUGUGCGUGGGCGUGGGAUACAGACCUGCGCCCCGACACUGCCUGCAGCUGAAGACCACAGCCUCGUUGGAGCCCCCGGUCCCCGCCGCCCUGAACCUGGGCUGCUAGUGAUAAAGGGCCAGGUGCACCUGCCCAACUUCCUAGGCUUUCCUGCCCUGCGCCCACCCCGGCUACGGGUCGUCCUUGGUCGCAGCCCCUGCUUACCCCAUGCCCGGCGAAACGUACCCCACAUGCUGGCCGCAUUGCCAGGCUGUGGGGGUGGCCCUGGCUGUGGGGCCAGACACCUCCUCAGAUGUGCUCAUCCAUGAGCAUCCUCAGCGACCUUCAAGAGGACUGUGAGCCCACUGAAUCCCAGCCGCACCCUGACUGGGGGGCGGGCCAGCAGCAGCACCUCAGCCGACCCAGUGGACAUGUGGGCCGGAGCUCAGGCGUGGGAAAGGUGGCUCUGGCAGCGACAGCUGUCUCUCGCUGUGGUGGCCCUGCAGUCUGCUGUCUUCAACUGCAGAGGCUCGCAACCCUGAUUGCAGCACGUGGGGAGCCAGGGCUGAGCUGAGCCGGCAGCCAUGGGUGGGGCCUGGGUCA